GUCGGCCACCCUUCUCUAUAUAAACUGUCGCUCAACACCUCACCGCCUCUCCUCUCUCUCUCUCUCUCUCUCCAACACACCAAGCUACUGUAUCAGAAUAUUCAAAUCCAAUGGCUUUGCCGAACCAACAGACUGUUGAUUACCCGAGCUUCAAGCUUGUCAUUGUUGGUGAUGGAGGAACUGGGAAAACAACUUUUGUGAAGAGGCAUCUCACUGGUGAAUUUGAGAAGAAGUACGAACCAACCAUUGGUGUCGAAGUUCACCCUUUGGACUUCUUCACAAACUGUGGGAAAAUCCGAUUUUAUUGCUGGGAUACCGCUGGGCAAGAGAAAUUCGGUGGUCUUAGAGAUGGUUACUACAUUCAUGGGCAAUGUGCAGUAACUAUGAAAUCUCUGCUAAGAGUAACUAUAACUUUGAAAAACCUUUCUUGCACCUUGCCAGGAAGCUUGCAGGGUAAUGGAAUAGCACAUUGUUUGUUAUUUUAUUUUUUGUUUAUUUAUACUGGUGGAGUUGUAGACUAUUAGAUAAAGAUAAGCAAU